GAACUGGCAACCCAAGCAAGUAGGUCCGUGUGCACACUUUGAGCACGACCCAUAACGAAGCAGCGACACGCCACGAGGGAGAAAUUAAUCAUAUUCCACUUGAGAAGCAUUUGAUAAGGUGAACACAAAUGGACGAGUGGGAAGAAGCGGAAACCACUACUAGUACCACUGCAGUAACCAGUCACACCUCCAGUGAAGGCACACAAGGAGGCUCCUGGAACACUGAUGGUGGCGAGUUUGGAAGGGGUCGUGGUGGAAGAGGCAGACAAGGAGGAUUUAAAAGAGGGCACAGCAGAGGAUUUGGCGGGAUGGAUCGCAAUGACUUCAAUGGUGGUGACCAUGGUGCCAGGGGAGGCUUUGGAGGAGGCUACCGGGGGAAAGAUGAGAUCUUUGCUGGUGGGCAAGCUAAAGAUCCAGAAAAGACGGAUGAAACCGAUGGUGAAAGACCCAGGGUCACAUACGUUCCCCCAACCCCUACUGAAGACGAAGACUCAAUUUUUGCCCACUAUGAGAAAGGCAUCAACUUUGACAAGUAUGAUGACAUAUUGGUGGAGGUCAGCGGACGAAGCGCACCGCAGGCUGUCGAGACCUUUGAUGAGGCAGCAUUGUGCGAGUCCCUGAAGAAAAACGUCAGCAAGUCUGGUUAUGUGAAGCCGACCCCCGUGCAGAAGCACGGCAUCCCAAUCAUCUCUGCUGGCAGAGACCUCAUGGCCUGUGCCCAGACUGGAUCUGGUAAAACUGCCGCAUUCCUGCUCCCUAUCCUGCAGCAGCUAAUGGCAGAUGGUGUGGCAGCCAGUUCCUUCAGUGAGCAGCAGGAGCCUGAAGCCAUCAUUGUGGCCCCAACCAGGGAGCUCAUCAACCAGAUUUACCUGGAGGCCAGGAAGUUUGCCUUUGGGACGUGUGUGCGUCCAGUAGUGGUCUAUGGUGGAGUCAGCACUAGUCACCAAAUAAGAGACAUCUUCAGGGGGUGCAAUGUGCUGUGUGGAACACCAGGGAGACUGUUGGAUGUGAUUGGAAGAGGAAGGGUUGGGUUGACUAAGCUGCGGUACUUGGUCAUGGAUGAGGCUGACCGGAUGUUGGAUAUGGGUUUUGAGCCCGACAUGCGCCGCUUGGUGGGCUCCCCUGGAUUGCCAUCCAAAGAGAACCGUCAGACUCUGAUGUUCAGUGCCACCUACCCUGAGGACAUCCAAAGGUUGGCGGCUGACUUCCUCAAGACUGACUAUUUGUUCUUGGCUGUGGGUGUGGUGGGCGGAGCCUGCAGCGAUGUGGAGCAGAAGUUUAUCCAAGUCACCAAGUUCUCCAAGAGGGAGCAGCUCGUUGACAUUCUCAAGACCACAGGAACGGAGCGCACAAUGGUCUUUGUGGAGACCAAGAGACAAGCGGAUUUCAUUGCCGCAUUCUUGUGCCAGCAGAAGGUUCCGACUACCAGCAUUCAUGGUGACCGUGAGCAGCGGGAGCGAGAGCAGGCUCUGGCAGAUUUCCGCUAUGGCAAAUGUCCAGUCCUGGUGGCAACCUCUGUAGCUGCCCGCGGUCUGGAUAUUCCAGAUGUACAGCAUGUGGUGAACUUUGACCUCCCCAACAACGUUGAUGAAUACGUCCACCGCAUUGGGAGAACUGGCCGCUGCGGAAACAUUGGGAGGGCGGUGUCUUUCUAUGACCCCGACACUGAUGGCCAGUUGGCCCGCUCCCUUGUCACAGUCCUGUCCAAGGCCCAGCAGGAAGUGCCCUCGUGGUUGGAGGAGUCUGCGCUCAGCAGUGGUGGACCUGCAGGUUUCAACUCCCCCAGGAAGGGAUUUGCCUUGACAGACUCCAGGAAGGGAGGAUCUUUCCAAGAGAAAGAUGUGAGGGGCCAGCCGGCUGCUCAGCCUGCAGAGGAGGAAGAAGAAUGGGAGUAGAGCAAAUGUUAAAGCAACAAACAGCAUUGACUUGAGUUAUUUUUGUUUUAAGGUGUCUAGCUUGUUGUAGUUUUAGCAAAGAAUUUCCGUUUGAAGACUAGACUAAGUUUAAAAUUGUGAAAUGUCAAAGUUUCAAGGUGUCCCAAUUACAAUUGUGUUGUGUUUUCAAGGAUAAAAAAUCUCAAAUAAAUACAUAUUUGUUCAAAGCAAA